UCAUGUGAUCUCUGUUCUUAGUCUAGGUUAUGUGACCUUGGAUCAUGAUAAGUUAUAUCGUGGAUAUAUCGUGGGUUUAUCAUGGGUUAAAUUAUGUGGCAGAUUGUUAUUGCCACCCCUACUUUUGUUAAUUCCACCCAACCGGCCUCCAAACCAUGUUCCAAGGUUACUAAGAACAGAGAUCACAUGA